UGCGGGGCGGCCAGGGCUCUGUGCGCUGUUUAAAAGCCCGAGGAGAGGCUGAGAUGCUCGGCAGGAGAAUGAGAGAAAAACAGGCGAGAAAAUCUUCAAGAAGCAGCUGGACGCACAGCCAGUCAGGCAUUGAUUAUCUGUUUCUGUUGAAAGGUUUCUUAUAGCCCACACAAUGGCCACUUCAUCCAGCGCCGAUCUGAGUAAAGCUGUGAAGCAGCAGUACAUGGAGCUGCCGCAGGGAGGGAAGGUGCAGGCCAUGUACAUCUGGAUCGACGGGACGGGAGAGGGACUCCGCUGCAAGACCAGGACUUUGGAUGCAGAACCGAAGACCAUUGAAGAUCUACCAGAGUGGAAUUUUGAUGGGUCCAGUACAUACCAGUCUGAGGGUUCCAACAGUGACAUGUACCUCAUCCCCAAGGCCAUUUUCAGAGACCCAUUCAGGAAAGACCCAAACAAGCUCAUUCUCUGUGAAGUGCUCAAAUACAACCGCAAACCUGCAGAAACCAAUCUUCGCCAGAUGUGUGCGAAGAUAAUGGACAAGGUGGAGAACCAGCAUCCGUGGUUUGGAAUGGAGCAGGAGUACACAAUUCUUGGCAUUGAUGGGCAUCCUUUUGGCUGGCCCUCAAACGGCUUCCCUGGACCUCAGGGUCCUUACUACUGUGGCGUGGGAGCAGAUAAGGCCUAUGGGAGGGACAUUGUUGAGGCCCAUUACAGAGCCUGUCUGUAUGCUGGGGUUGACAUCUGUGGCACCAAUGCUGAAGUCAUGCCAGCCCAGUGGGAAUUCCAAGUGGGUCCUUGUGAAGGUAUCCGGAUGGGAGAUCACCUGUGGAUGGCUCGCUUCAUUUUGCACAGGGUUUGUGAAGACUUCGGUGUUGUGGUCUCCUUCGACCCCAAACCCAUCUCUGGCAAUUGGAACGGAGCCGGGUGCCACACUAACUUCAGCACAAAGGAGAUGCGAGAAGAAGGAGGCUUGAAGCAAAUUGAGGAAGCCAUUGAGAAGCUGAGCAAGAGGCAUCAGUACCACAUUCGUGCCUACGACCCUAAAGGGGGGUUGGACAAUGCCAGACGUCUGACCGGCCGUCACGAAACCUCCAACAUCAACGAGUUCUCAGCCGGAGUGGCCAACCGCGGUGCUAGCAUUCGUAUCCCGCGCUCUGUGGGCCAAGAAAAGCGGGGAUACUUUGAAGACCGCCGUCCCUCAGCCAACUGUGACCCAUACGCCGUUACUGAAGCUCUGAUUCGCACGUGUCUGCUGGGAGAGAUCGGAGAAGAACCUGAGGAAUACAAACAAUAAACUGAACUGAACAGUUGCUCACACCUCCGUUUAAUAGACCAGUCUUUUGAAGGGUAGACAUAUCGAGAUGUAUGUGGUUAAGUACUGUAUUCUGUGGUCUUUUGCGGGAGCCUUGUAUUUAAGCAGGUCAGUCUAAUACAAGCCUGGGACUGAAUGAACUGUUCUAGACUGAUCUAGAAAUUUUAUUAUAAGUGCAGAUUUUAAGGGUCAGAGAAUCCAAACGUCUGACAUCCACACUGCCAAUUUUUUGUAGUUUGUAAAGCUGUAUUGCAGCAGACCAGAUGCUGGCUUACAUCUAGUGUGUGGCUCUAUGGAAGCUCUCUACUAUGCUAGUUGCUAGCAGCUACUAGCAGCUAGUCUAUAUUUGUACAUAUAUAUGCAUUUGUGCCACUAUUUGCGCAUGUAAUACAUUUUAACAUGGUUUUUAACGAUGUACCUGAGUGGUUUACACUUCUCUAAUGGUGCCAUUGCCAUGCUGUAGUCCAUUUUUGGAUUCAGAUCACUGUUUUUUUGUAUGGUUUUUGUUUCUGAUGGGGUCCAAGAUGCAUUGGUGAUUUUUACAUUUGUAUAACUUUCCUUGUAGAUGUAUUCCAUGUUUAUGACCGAUGGUGGUGAUUAUUAUGAUAUGUUUAAUAUUCUAUUCUUGCAAAUGGAAAGUUUAUUACAGAAAAAUGUGGAUUACCUUUUCACCAAUACAUUAAAACUUAAUAAUUUUACCAGAA